GAAGAUUGACGAAGUCCUGGAUUGAUGGGGUAGUGUAAUAGUGGGAGCCAUGUGGCGUCUUUAAUUACAAAACUAAUUAUCACACACCAAAAACGAUUCUACAAGAUACUUUCGAUCAAACGUCACAUCCACUCUUGAAUCUGAUUAGGAAAACUUUGUUCAGCUUUACAAUCUUUCCAAUCAACUUCGAUAGAUUUCUCUUCAUCAAUUUUAGGCUUCAUCACAGAGAGAGAGAGAGUCAGAGACCCAGUUAUCCUUCAAGGUUAAAUUCUCCACUUGCUUGUUAUUGUCAACAAUCCAUGUCGAUCUACAAGCUCUCGAAACAGAAACCCAUCGACUAAUUUGACUUUCUGAUUUGCAAAUCCUAUGCCUUCUGAACAGAAUCUCUUCCAAGCUCCCUCUUUUUUUAUACCUUAUCCCGUAAAGGCUUGAUUUUUAUAGAAGCCCUCCAGAAUCUAUUCUCAAGCUUUUAUCUUUUCAUUUGUUUUCCACAGGAUCACAGAGAGGUCUCUCUCUCUUGUUAAGACAAUUCUGCCGGUGGUAUCUGUUUGAUGGGUGAAGAGACAAUCUCAAACGAUGAUUACGGCGCUAAGACAAAACCAAGUCCAAAGCUGACACUAUUGCCUCUAGUAUUUCUGAUUUUCUAUGAAGUUUCUGGUGGCCCUUUUGGUGUGGAGGAUUCUGUGAAAUCAGGUGGUGGUCCUCUCUUAGCCCUUCUAGGGUUCUUAAUUUUCCCUCUGAUUUGGAGCAUACCCGAAGCUCUGAUCACAGCAGAGCUCGCCACAAGCUUCCCGGAGAAUGGUGGCUACGUGGUUUGGAUCUCUUCAGCGUUUGGUCCGUUUUGGGGGUUCCAAGAAGGAUUUUGGAAAUGGUUCAGUGGUGUUAUGGACAAUGCUUUAUACCCUGUACUGUUUCUUGAUUACCUGAAACAUUCGUUCCCUGUUUUGAACCAUGUAGCUGCGCGUGUUCCUGCUCUAUUAGGCAUCACGUUCUCACUGACGUAUCUGAACUAUAGAGGAUUGCAUAUUGUCGGUUUUUCAGCUGUUCUGCUAGCGGUUUUCUCUCUCUGCCCAUUUGUUGUAAUGGCUUUGCUUGCGGUUCCUCGUAUUAAGCCUAAGCGCUGGUUGUUUGUGGAUUUCCAGAAAGUUAACUGGAGAGGCUACUUCAAUACCAUGUUUUGGAAUCUCAAUUAUUGGGAUAAAGCUAGUACUCUUGCAGGGGAAGUUGAGUCCCCAGGGAAGACGUUUCCAAAGGCUUUGUUUGGAGCGGUUUUGUUGGUCAUGGGGUCGUAUUUGAUUCCGCUUAUGGCAGGGACUGGAGCUCUAAGCUCAUCCUCUUCAGGUGAGUGGAGUGAUGGGUAUUUUGCUGAGGUUGGAAUGCUUAUUGGAGGUGUUUGGCUCAAGGGAUGGAUACAAGCUGCUGCUGCAAUGUCAAAUCUAGGAUUGUUUGAAGCCGAGAUGAGUAGUGAUGCAUUUCAGCUUCUUGGUAUGAGCGAGAUAGGGAUGCUCCCUGCGUUUUUCGCCCAGAGGUCGAAGUAUGGGACACCAACGAUCAGUAUUCUGUGCUCAGCUACAGGAGUCAUAUUCCUGUCGUGGAUGAGCUUUCAAGAGAUCAUAGAGUUUCUGAAUUUCUUGUACGCUUUAGGAAUGCUUCUGGAAUUUGCAGCCUUUGUCAAACUACGGAUCAAGAAACCGGAUCUUCACCGACCUUAUAGAGUUCCCUUAAACACCUUUGGAACCUUAAUGCUGUGCCUUCCUCCUUCUUUUCUUGUCAUUCUUGUGAUGGUUUUGGCCGCACCAAAGACGUUUUUGAUCAGCGGUGCGAUCAUUGUUGUCGGGUUCUGCUUGUACCCUUUCUUGGAACUCGUAAAGGAGAAAGGAUGGGCGAGAUUUAUCCCAGAGGAAACAAGACCAGUUUCAAGGGUUCUAUCAGAGCCACAGUUGGAUCAAGAACAUGGAGACGAGUCUUCUGCUAGCCUUCUCCCAUGAUCACUCCACCUGCAAAAGACAGAUCAACGAGAACUCUCUGUGAUAUUCUUGCAAAGGUCUUACAGAAGAGACCAUGGGAAACUCUUGUAUAGUUUGUAAGAAUGCAUUUUAUUUAUGUCUUGUUCAGCUUUUGGUUAGAGUACAGAAACAAAACAAAACAAACAAAUAGUGUAGCACAGGAAGGUUUCUGAUUUAAAUUUGUCUAAUAAGAGAUCGUAUUAUGAUUAUGUGUAUACAUUUUAAGUAAA